AUGACCUCCCUCACCUCAGUGUUUCUCUUCUGUCAACUCAACAGAGAUACAAUGGCUCCUACAAGAACGAAAAUUUCUAUGCCAGGAGUAGCGGACGAUCACGAAUUGGUUGGAGUACCGACAGGCGACGAUGUGUCAGCAGAGGAUAGAGUUAAAGCAUUGUUUACUGGGUCAAUGGCUGCUGACAUUUACCAAGGAUGGGCUGCGUCCCUCCUCCGCGAUAACCUCGUACUCGAAUCCGCUUCCUCGAACCCUGGCCGUACAGUAUUCUCCUACACAGUCCAACCCUCCCACUGCAACCGCCUCGGUAACCUACACGGUGGGUGCACAUCCACGAUCUUCGACUUCUGCACUACCGCAACACUGGCACCCAUUGCCAAGCCAGGAUUCUGGGCCUAUGCAGGCGUGUCGAGGACGUUGAAUGUCACGUAUAUCAGGCCGGUGCCAUUAGGCGAGAAGGUGUUGAUCGAGAGUGAGGUGGUACAUGCGGGAAAGCGGUUGUGUAGCUUGAUGGGGACGAUCAAGAGGGCCAGUGAUGGUGCCGUUUUGGCCACCUGUGAGCAUGGAAAGGUCAGUAUUGAUCCACCAGUGGCAAAAAUAUGA